AUGAUGCCCAGCAAGUGCAUCAUCCUGCGUCCAAGUGUCACAGCUUCCAGUAGCAUUACUAAUGGUGGGCUGUCCCUGUCCUGGCAGAUCUUCAUCCGCAGCACAGACUGUGAUCGGACGCUGAUGAGUGCGGAGGCCAAUCUGGCAGGCCUGUAUCCCCCAGAGGGACAACAGAUGUUCAACCCUAACAUUUCCUGGCAGCCUAUCCCUGUGCACACAGUGCCUGAGUCUGCCGAAAGGCUACUGAAGUUUCCUUUGACCCCCUGCCCACGGUAUGAGCAGCUACAGAAUGAAACACGGCACUCAGCAGAAUACAUAAAUAAGACCAAAGAGAAUUGGCAAUUCCUGCAGAUGGUGGCAAAUGAGACUGGGAUCCGGGAUGUCUCUCUCGAGAGUGUUUGGAGUGUGUAUGACACACUGUUCUGUGAACAAGCACACAAAAUGGAUUUGCCUGUAUGGGUGACACCAGAUGUCAUGACUCAACUGAAACAACUAAAAGACUUUGGUUUUGAAUUUCUGUUUGGGAUCCACAGUCGUAUAGAAAAAGCUCGUCUGCAAGGCGGGGUCCUGCUGGGUCACAUAAGGGAAAACCUAACCAAAGCAGCAAAUGGUUCUGCCCACCAGAGCCUGAAACUACUUGUCUAUUCAGCGCAUGACACCACACUUGUGGCCCUGCAGAUGGCUCUAGAUGUCUACAACAAGAUUCAAGCACCAUAUGCCUCAUGUCAUUUAUUUGAGCUGUACCAAGAGGAUGAUGGUAACUUCUCUGUGGAGAUGUUUUUCCGGAACGAGAGUGGGAAAGAACCCUUCCCACUGACAAUCCCUGGAUGUCAGCAUAAAUGCCCACUGCAGAGAUUUUUGGAACUCACAGAUCCUGUUGUUCCCCAGGACUGGAAGCAAGAAUGCCAAGUAGCAAGCGGCAUACGUGACACAGAGGUGUUUGUGGGUCUGGCUGUGUGUGGAUCCAUUCUCCUUCUCCUUAUAAUCCUCCUCUUGACUGUAUUCUUUCGCAUACAGUCUCAGCCCCCCGGCUACCGCCAUGUUUCCAAUGAGGGAGAAGAGCAAGCCUGA